AUGCCGUCAACAAAAUCCCGAGGUCAAGAGAGACAAGGGAAUAGGAAAUAUGCCGAGAACAUAGAUAAGGAGAAUAAUUUGAGGUCCGAGUUGAAGCAACAAACAAAUGAACAUGAGAAUAAGAUAUAUUCCGGUGGGAGAACUUCUAGAAAUUCGUUACAGCCUCACAUUCAUGAAACAUCAAGGUAUCCUUUAACUAGUGUACACAAGAAAACGGCGCUACGAACAAAAUCUUCAAACUCCAUUCUUUCCAGAAGCUCUUUACUAUCAACAGCCAGUACUAGGCCGGACUUAUUCACUAGCUACAAAAACACCAACAACGGAAAUGCAGGUAAUUUCAAUAAAGCGAGAAGAACAAUGCGUGCGGAUGCCUUGCGUUCAAGCAAGCUUAAGAGUACGCUUGAUGAGAAAGAAAAUGUUGGGGUUACGAAAUUGAAAGUGCCGCGGAAUUCACCAGAGGCAAAUCGGGUACACCGUAAACAUCUGGAUAAAAUUGAAUUACCAUUUGGAAAUAGAGAGGCUUUGAAAGAAAAGACAGUCGACCUAACCGCUUCUGUAACAGCAAAACAUUUUUCUGCUUUUGAUGAGCUCACUGAUGAUGAUGAUGAUGAUGAGAUUGAGAUUGUACCCCAAGGAUCUGGAGAUGAUAGUGCUGAAACUCCCGAUGGAUACCAACCGGUUCCAAAAGAUCUAUUAAAUUUUGUAUUUUCCAAAAGUGACACUAUCCAGAAGGACACUUUGGACAAAUUUAAAGAUCCAUUGGAGUUGGAUCUUUCGGACUUAAUUGAGGAGCAAAAUAACAAGGGUAAGAAGAUGCUAUCGGAUAUUAUGAAUCCAAACCUUAGUGAUGAUGCUGAUGAUAAAGCGAAUGACACAGCAGACUCAAGUGGCUUGGGACUAGAGCUAAAGCUGGAAUUUCCGGAAUCCGGAGAGGAAACGGAAGAAAGGAAGUUGGAGGAAAUAAAAAAUUACUAUGAAGGAAAUCGUGGCAACUUUAAACCUAAACGGCUCUAA